CGUUGCCGCCAGUGGCGCCGGGUCCCGGUCCGAGUCGCUUGCCAGGGAGGAAAAGCCCACCGGGCCGGGGCCUUCGGCGCUGAGCUCGCGCGUCCGGCGUCCCCGAGCGCACCCAGCCCGCCGCCCGGCUCCCUCGCUCGCUCCGCGCCGCCCCUCGGCCGUGCCCUGAGGCCCAGUCCGCGGCCGCCCGGCGGGGGAUGCCCAACUCAGCCAUGAAGAAAAAGGUUCUGCUGAUGGGCAAGAGCGGCUCGGGGAAGACCAGCAUGCGCUCGAUCAUCUUUGCCAACUACAUUGCGCGCGACACCCGGCGCCUGGGCGCCACCAUUGACGUGGAGCACUCGCACGUCCGCUUCCUGGGGAACCUGGUGCUGAACCUGUGGGACUGUGGCGGCCAGGACACCUUCAUGGAGAACUACUUCACGAGCCAGCGGGACAACAUCUUCCGCAACGUCGAGGUCCUGAUUUACGUCUUCGACGUGGAGAGCCGCGAGUUGGAGAAGGACAUGCAUUACUACCAGUCGUGCCUGGAGGCCAUCCUCCAGAACUCCCCCGACGCCAAGAUCUUCUGCCUGGUGCACAAAAUGGAUCUGGUGCAGGAGGACCAGCGCGACCUGAUCUUUAAGGAGCGGGAGGAAGACCUGCGGCGCCUGUCGCGCCCGCUGGAGUGCGCGUGCUUCCGCACCUCCAUCUGGGACGAGACGCUCUACAAAGCCUGGUCCAGCAUCGUCUACCAGCUCAUCCCCAACGUGCAGCAGCUGGAGAUGAACCUGCGGCAUUUCGCCCAGAUCAUCGAGGCCGAUGAGGUGCUGCUGUUCGAGAGGGCGACCUUCCUGGUCAUCUCGCACUACCAGUGCAAGGAGCAGCGGGACGUGCACCGCUUCGAGAAGAUCAGCAACAUCAUUAAGCAGUUCAAGCUGAGCUGCAGCAAAUUGGCCGCCUCGUUCCAGAGCAUGGAAGUCCGGAAUUCCAACUUCGCCGCCUUCAUCGACAUCUUCACGUCCAACACGUACGUGAUGGUGGUCAUGUCCGACCCUUCCAUCCCGUCGGCUGCGACCCUCAUCAACAUCCGCAACGCCCGCAAACACUUCGAGAAGCUGGAGAGAGUGGACGGUGCCAAGCACGGGCUGCUCAUGCGCUGAACGUGGCCACACGCUGUGGUGGGAGAGACCGAAUUGCCCUUUUGUCAUAUUUCCUUAAUUUCUCUCUCUCUGCACCCGCCCAUUUUAGUAUUCAUGUUGCGGACUGCCAAGUGGGCUUUUGAAAUGUGUGCCGUUAACCGGCCGCCAUCUCUUUCCACCCGGCAGCCCAAUCUCGAACCAUGGGACGCUGGGUCCUCGGCGCUGCACUAGUGCUUCACGUUGGCCUUUCUGACAAGUUACUGUGUUGUUCCCACGAAAAUGGGCGGUGGCGAUGAUGUAUGUUUGUUCUGAUGACAUGGUUAAUAGAGAAGGGCAUCCAAGCCUUUACCCAUCUUUCUGUAUCCUUAGUGGGUUGCCAAGAUAAAAUGUUACUAUUUUAUCAGCAAGGAAUUAAGUCUUCUUGACUUCAAUCAUAAAUAAACAUUUGCUCUUAGCAAUUUAAAA